AUGCAUCUCUACUUUUAUUAUGAGGGCAAUGAUCAGAAUGCGGCACAACCCGUAGAUGAUCUAAAUAGGCUAUCACCGGUAGAUAUAACUCUCCCAGUUGUUGCGUUUCUUCUAUUGAAUUACAUACCAAUUCAUUCAUCCACUCCAUUCAACUUCAUCGAUUGGAUGAAUCACAUUCGGACUAUAUUCUGCUUUGCCAAACCACCGAAUGUUUGUUUUCAUCAUGAAUGUGAGAGAUUUGAUGCUCAAUAUUUAAAAGAAGCAAUUGGAAAUGUCGAUGUUCUUCGUGUGGAUAGCGAAGUAACUCUUAUUUAUAGCAAGAAAGUUUUGAAAUAUUUCAAUACACCCAACGAAUUAUUUCUGGAAAGGAAUCCACUUGAAGAAGUCUCAGAAACUCGAAAGCUCUUUAUUCAAAACUUCAAAAUGUUCGAAUUUGAUGAUGUAUACUCGUUGGAUGAUCUGUUAAUGGUCAACAGUGAAAAAAUCAGAUUCCGUCAUCCAAUACCUCAGAAAAAAUUUAACCGAUUCGUCAAGCUUUGGAUCAAUGGAUCUAAUCAACGACAACAAUACAUGCUUUUAGCAAUCAACAAAAACGAUUUUGCCAGUGGAGAAGUGUAUUUGUCUGGGGUCCGACGCAUAGAAAUGAGUGAAGAGGCGAAACAAGAAAUCCGUGAAAAACACAGACUCAUGAAAUCUGUCGAUAUGAUUAAGAUCAAAAGAAAGGAUGGAACAAUUGCAGUGAUUGGGACCAAAAAUUCAGGAAAUACUCUCUAUGUCCACUUCAUUGUGCAACACUAA